AUGCAAGGUUUGGGGGAAUUAUCAGUUACAUUCCCAAUAUCGGGGUCAUUUAAUGUUUUUGCAAGUAGGUUUAUUGAACCAGCAAUUGGAUUUGCGGUUGGAUGGAAUUAUUUCUUGCAAUUCUUUGUAUUAUUGCCAUUUGAGUUGAUUGCAGGUGCCAUAACGAUCAAAUAUUGGAAUAGUUCUAUAAAUUCGGAUGUAUUUGUGAUAAUAUUUUGGGUAUUCGUUGUGUUCAUCACCUUGUUAGGUGUCAGAUGGUAUGGUGAAGCUGAAUUCAUGUUCUCAAUGGUCAAAGUUAUUGCUGUGAUUGGAUUCAUUAUUCUCAGUGUGGUAUUGAUUUGUGGUGGUGGACCUUCUCAUGAUUUCAUUGGUGGAAAAUACUGGAAUCAUCCUGGACCAUUUGCCAAUGGAUUUAAAGGGGUUUGUUCCGUCUUAGUCACUGCAGCCUUCAGUUAUGGUGGUACAGAAAUGGUAGGAUUAACAGCUGCCGAAACUCCUAACCCAAGAAAAUUCUUACCUAAAGCUAUUAAACAAGUUUUCUGGAGAAUCGUUAUCUUUUAUUUGCUUUCAAUCACCAUGAUUGGUACAUUGGUUGCUUAUGAUGAUACCAGAUUAAUGGGUCUGAGUAGUGUCGACGUCACAGCCUCUCCAUUUGUCAUUGCCAUUGUUCACGGUGGUAUCAAAGGUUUACCCAGUGUCAUUAAUGCUGUCAUCUUGCUUGCGGUAUUGUCAGUGGGUAACUCUUCCGUAUAUGCCACUUCAAGAUCGUUAAACUCUUUGGCAGAGCAAGGAAUGGCACCUAAAUGGACAGGUUAUGUUGAUAGAAAAGGAAGACCAUUAGUUGCUAUUUUAGUAACUGAUGUUUUUGGUCUCUUUGCUCUUAUUGCUGCAAGUGACAAGCAAGAAGAAGUAUUCAACUGGUUAAUGGCUCUCUCUGGAUUGAGUUCCAUUUUUACUUGGUUAUCUAUAAACAUCAGUCACAUAAGAUUUAGAGCUGCCAUGAAAGCACAAAACAGAUCAAUCUCAGAAUUGCCUUAUGUAUCUCAAUGUGGUGUUUGGGGAUCUUACUAUGGUGCUAUUUUAAAUGUGUUAGUUUUGGUGGCUCAAUUCUGGAUUGCAUUGUUUCCUUUAAAUGGUUCCCCCAAUGCAUCCGAUUUCUUCCAGUCUUACUUAGGUUUGCCAGUUACUAUCGCCACUUGGCUUGGUUAUAAGUUAUGGAAGGGUGAUUGGAGAUUGUUUAUUCAUGCUAAAGAUAUUGAUAUUGAUACAGGUAGAGCACAUGUUGAUUUAGAUCUCUUACAACAAGAAGUAGCAGAAGAACAGGCUGCCUUGGCUGAAAAACCUUUCUUCAUUAGAUGGUACAGAUUUUGGUGUUAA